UAUGAGCUUCAAACUCGGAUUCUGUGAAUAGAAGCUCCUCCUGUCCCAGGUCAACUGACCAAAAGUAGGUAGUAUUAUAAGAACUUGACAAAUUCAUUGGCUCAUCAAACUUCAUUUCUAAUCAGCAUUCCAAGCUGCCAAUUCUUGAAGAUAAAAAAAAAAAAAUUUUUUGAACAGCUGCCUUGCUUCUUUAGGAUCAACGGUACUCGUGAUAUCGAUCAGAUUAAUGGGAAAAACUGCAAGGCUUGUGGAUUUUUUUCUUCUAUUGCUAUUGACAGCCAACGUUGCAGCUGGUAGAGUAUUACUAGGCCACGACAACCAUCUUGAAUUGGUUUCAGAUGGCGUUGAUGACUUCCGUGAAAAGGAGUCAUCAUCCUUUAUAGCUUUCAAAGGGAUGGAUUCUUCAGAAGGAUGUAAGCAACUGUAUGGUUUCUUACCAUGCUCAAACACUCUUUUGGGGCAUCUCUUCCUUAUCGUGGUGUAUGAAUACCUGCUGUUUCGGGGAGAAUCAUUAGUUGCUUCUGGAGGGGAACGAAUUUUCAAAAUUCUAGGCCCUGGCAUUUUUGGUGCAAGUGCAUUUCAUGUUCUAGGAUCUCUUCCAGAAGCUCUCAUCCUUCUUGCAUCUGGACUGUUGAACAGCAGAGAAACUGCCCAAGAAUAUGUCCUAACUGGAGCAGGGCUGCUGGCUGGAUCAACAAUUUUGCUGCUUACAAUAGUUUGGGGAACUUGUGUCAUCGUUGCCAGUCAAGAAUUCCCCAAUGGCAAGAAACGUACUUCUUUCGCAAGUUCCAGUACUAGCAAUCGAAGCCAAUUCAAGAGAUUAUUUUCCCGAUCAAAGGGUUAUGGCUUGACAAUGGAUACAAGGACAUCGCACACAGCAAGAAUUAUGGUUCUCUCAGUGAUACCCUUUAUUACCAUCCAAGUUCCAGUAGUCUUUGGUCUAUCUUCUUCGGGGGAACUAGCUUUCAUCAUUAUCUCUCUGCUUAUUUCUGUCACAUUCUUGCUCGUAUACUUCUUCUAUCAGAUCUUUCGGCCAUGGAUCCAAAGAAGACGAUUAGAAUACAUAAAACAUGAACAUUUGGUGGUUGACAUCCUGAACCAUGUGCAGAAUCAUGAAAUAGGCGCGGUACUUACCCCUAAAGGGGCACCUAAUGUAACAGCGAUUAGAAGGCUAUUUCGAAAUACGGAUCAUGAUGGGGACAACUUCAUCUCUGUUUCUGAGCUACAAGAAUUGCUCAAGGAAAUCAAAUUUAGGAAUGUAGAGUUGGACAAGGAUGAAGCAACGGCAGAGAUGUUGAGGGAUUUUGACAUGGACGCUGAUGAGAAAAUUAGCAUUGAUGAAUUUGUCAGUGGCGUUACAAAAUGGCUUGAUGACACAAAACAGGCAUUGGGUAAACGAUAUCUCUCCAAAAAGUCACUGAAACACUUGUACCAGGUCCUCCAACCUUGGAUUCAAAAGAAAAGGGAAGAACGCGAAAUAAUGAAGCAUAUAGUAUCAGAAAUUUUGGAACACGUUCAGAGCUCUGCACUAGGAACCCUUUUGACAGAAGAUGGAGAACCAGAUAUAAUUGCUAUAAAAAGGUUGUUUGAUAGCAUUGAUGAGGACAAGGAUAAUCGCAUAUCAUUUUCCGAGUUGAAAACACUGUUGACCGAGAUCAACUUUGGUCCUACAUCUCUAAGUGUGGAUGACGCAGUGGCCAAGAUGAUGGAAGAACUCGAUACAGAUGGUGAUCGUAUGCUUAAUGAGGAAGAAUUUGCUACAGGAUUGUCAAAAUGGCUGCAAAAGAAUGACAAUGCAUCUACCAACUCAAAAGAAAGCGAGGAUGAAAAUUUUCAAAAAUCAUGGGAGCAGACUGACCAACUAUUGGAGGUGAAGAGCAUUAACAAAUCUCUACUUGCAUGGACCAAGGCCAUAUUUCUUUUGGUGCUUGGCACAGGCAUGCUGGGAAUUCUAGCUGAACCCCUCAUAGAAAGUGUUCAGAAUUUUUCGGAAGCCGCAAAUAUGCCAUCAUUUUUCAUCUCUUUUAUCUUAGUCCCACUGGCUACUAAUGCUAGGAUAGCAAUUUCAGCAAUCAGCGAGGCACGCAGAAAGAAACCAAGAACCACUUCUUUGACAUUUUCAGAGAUUUAUGGCGGAGUUUUCAUGAACAACAUGCUGGGCUUUUCUGUCCUGCUUUCUCUAAUAUAUUUCCGAGGCCUGACAUGGAUUUUCUCAGCUGAAGUAGUGAUAGUUCUGAUAGUCUCGGCUAUCGUGGGCUUGAUUGCAACUUUCAGCUCCAUCAUCCCGCUCUGGACCUCACUCGUGGCCUAUUUCCUGUAUCCAUUAUCUUUGGUCCUGGUUUAUCUGCUUCACGCAUGAUAUUUGCCCAUCGAACCACACUUGAUUUUGACCCUUGGAGACGGAUGAAUGUUCAUGCGCAUCAUCAAACUGAUUGUACGUGUGAUUAGCUUUAGAUCAGUUAGCUGCGAAGUUACGUGUGAAUUAUGUUUGAAUGCCUUAGUGUAUAUUGUAUAGAUAAGAAAGAUGAUAUAGUGAUAGAGGAAGUAUAACUUAGCCUUUAAAAUAAUUGAUUUUUGUAGAAUGUAUAAAGAUUAUCAAUUUUAUGCAGAAUCCGCAAUUUAACAUGCA